ACAAAUGAAUGGAAAAAUUGAAAAGCGGAAGACACUAGCGCUCGUGAGAAAAUCGAAAAUGGUGAUGCUAUUCAAGAAGCCAAGUACGAAGUGUGCCACCUCGGCUGGUCCAACAUAAUCCAUGAUAAUUUUUUUUAUGCUUUUUUCCCCCUUGACUUCAUCCUCUGCAUUUGCUCUCGUGGUGGUAGUGUUGGUGGCCUUGAUAGAAACAUCUGAUUCCCCUCAUUCGUCGUGCCCAAAGCCAAGUGUACUUAAUUAAAAAGAGGAUUGAUAAUUGAAAUAAUUGGGUGGAAUAAUUUUUAGCCAGUCGUAAAAUAAUAAAGAUCAUAAAAGGUGAAUAAUCAAAAGAUAUUUCACUCAAUUUCUAUCACCAAAAGUCAAGUCAAUUGAAUCAAAACAAGGGGUCUUGAUGGGGCAAUCAGGAAAAUCAUACGACGAGGAAGAAGAGCUCACACGGUUUUACAUCUCCUGAGUAAAUUCAUAGAAUUGAUUAAACAUUAAUCCAAAGUGUUUCCCGGAACAAAUAAACCAUUAAUAUACACUGAGAUAUUGUCCUUGAGGUGUGAAAAUUGUCGAGUGCAGUGGCCAACUAACUGAAUCGUGAUAAUUGUCACAACACUUGUCUUCCCCAAAAGUUGACGUAUAAUCCUCAAUAUUUUGAGGAUUAUAUUCUUCCUCAUUACAAUAUAAAUAAAAAAUCAAUUUGAGUUAAGGUUAACUUGAGAAAUGCGAUCAGUGGCGAAUGUCGAAUUAAUCGUGAUUUAUGGUCUCCGACUGUUGUGCCUCUGCUUUACUGAGGUUAUUGCCAGUGGUGGUGCACUAGAUGCAAGCACUGGGUAUCAGGCUCGUUCGAGUGAUGGCUCAAAGGGUUCAACAAAAUUCUCAGCAACACUCACUGAUGGAAUCGCACAGGCUGUUGCACAUGACAGUGCCCAGUCUAAUAAGCAACAGAUAUUGGGCGUUGAAACAUGCAAUGAUGAUUUGGCAUGCAUAACCAUGGCAUCACACGAUCGCCUUGGUCUUGAGGCGAUUAAAUCCCUGCACAGUCAAUUGGACGAUGAUGCUGAUGGCGACGUCGAUCUGUCAGAGUCCGAUGAUUUUCUGAGAGAAGAGCUGCAGUACGAGGCAGGCUACGAAAGACGACAACGUGCCUUCCAUCACAAUGAUGACAUGCAUAUUAGUGUUAGGGAACUAUGGGAGGCCUGGCUGAGGUCUGAAGUACACAAUUGGACUAUUGAACAGACUUCUGAAUGGCUUACCUCUAACGUUGAACUUCCACAAUACGUUCCUAAUUUUAUACAACAUCGUGUCACUGGUGCUACUCUUCCUAGACUGGCUGUGAAUAAUAUGCACUAUCUCAGUAAUGUUCUUGGGAUUAAAGAUCCAAUUCAUAAACAAAAGAUUGCCUUAAAAGCUAUGGAUGUAGUUUUAUUUGGACCACCAAAGGACACAGGGCACAGCAUUAAGGAUUUGAUACUCAUAACUUUAUUGUUUGGAGCGUUGAUCGGCUGCUGGUACGCCUAUCAGCAGAAGAAAAGCUCUCAGAAACACCUCAAGAGAAUGAUGAAGGACAUGGAAGGCCUACACAAGGCUGAACUCGCCCUGGAGGAUCUGCAGAAAGAGCUUGAACGGGCGAGAUUGGAGCAGGCAAGUGCAGCAACCGAGAAACAGAAACUCGAGGCCAAAUUACAGGGUGAGAGUAUGGGAAUGCAUACGUCAUAUUCUGAUUUGGAAGUCUCUCAAUUAAAACAAGAGAUCGAAAUGUUAAAAUUGGAGCUCCAACGUGCCGAGGGAGAGCUUGAGGAUCGUUGUUGGUCACCACCAGUUGGCCUACAGCACUGGCUACAGCUGACCCACGAAAUUGAAAAUAAAGGAUACAUAAAGAAGAAAAUAGCAGCUGAAAAGCAACUGCAACAAGCUCGUGAAGCGUGCGAAAAAUUACGAAAGAAGAGGUCGAGCCUUGUGGGGGCAUUUGUUUCCACUCAUGGAAAGUCAAUUGAUGAAGUUGACAAGAGCAUUGUGGAGGCUCGGACAGCUUUGAACGAAGUCACAGCAGAGCUACAGGAGAGAGUUCAUCGCUGGAAGCAGAUUGAAUUACUCUGUGGAUUCAAUAUUAUUAAUAACAAUGGAUUAAACUAUUUGGAGACCAUUUUAUAUCGAGGGGCACCCAACGGACGAAGUUUAGGACUCAGAGGACGAAUGAGUAGUCAAGAUGACUUGGACGACGAGGCGAGCUCCCUAUACGCAGCAUCAACCUCCGGUGCAGCAGGAAUGCUGGAGAGUUUGACAUGGAAAGAGUCAUCAGCCCCUCCGGACUCGUCAAGCAGUGAAACUGGCAAGGACACACCACCGGAGGUGCAAUUCACCGUUGGUGAUGAUGAUGUUGUCCCUCCAAUUCCUCCAAGACCAGUAACGAAAGAGAAAACAGGAAUGACAAGAUCAUUGAGCCAAGAAGCGACGAGUAUGACAUACGAGGAGGCCAAACUUACUCUGGGGUUAUCAAAAACAUCCUUAUCAGAUAAUUCUCUUGAUUUAUCGGAGAGAAAGACGAGAAAAACGGUCAGAGAAUUACCAACAGUCGAUGAUGAGACACUGUCAACAGACUCAAAUUCAACAGCUGACAAUGAUGAGCUCAAGAGACGUCGUAGAAAGUUACAUUUUCCUGGCUUCAAGAAGAAUAAGGGGAAACUCACGUGAUGGUUCGUUAAGAGGGCUUCAUUUGCACUUAAUCGAGCACAGAGCAACAGAGUGCCUUGACAAAAGCUCAAAUGGACCCUAAGUAUUAAUUGUAUUAAAUGAAUAAUUGUGAUAAAAACUUUUUGACGGUUUUUUGUCAGAUUUUUCAAAUUGUUCAAGUUUCUUCUCUCUCUCUCUCUCUCUCUCUCUGUAUUGUAAUCACUCUGCUUGAGCUUUUCUCGAUGCCUCACACUCUGGUUCGAACAAAGUAUCUUAAACUCAUUGAAAUUCUAUAUUCGAUUGAGGACAAUAUCAUUGCGGGUUUUUAGUGAUAUUUUAAGGUUUUUAUAGCGGAAAAUUACUUUCCUUUUUUAAGCGAUGGUUAUUGAUGAUGGGUUAGGAGAAUUAUUGGCUGAGGGGAGGAUUUAUUUGUGGGGAAAAAUGAUUUUUAUGGAGCAUGAGCAUUUUUCGGGGUUUUAUCGAAGGGUUAAGAUUUUUUUUUAUUGAUACUCUGUUUUUUUCCACUCAAAUGAAUCUCUCCUUGAGCGAUGAAUUAACGUUCUUCCAGCCUCUAUGAGGAUUACUUAUUAUCAGAUACUUUCAGACACUAAAUUCUGUUCAUGACAUAAUUAAUAUUUAUUCUAAGGGAUGAUAUCGAAAGUACUUGGAAUUGCUCAUGAAUUAUCAGAAUAAUAAACGGGGUCAAUAUUUGAUUAUCAGCGAGUAUUUAACGCCGCAGGGCCUUUAAUUAAAUAAUCAAAAUGAGGAUGAAUAAUCUCACGAGAAUCAUGUAUGCAUAGUUGAAAGUAGCAGAUGAUGGAGCCAAUCCCAAGUGGGGAGUAUAAGUUCACGUGACGGAAUUAAAUAAUCGCGAACGUUAAAUCACGAUAUUUUUCAUACAAAAGUUUCUACAAAUGAUAAAAAAAAUGUUAUACUAAAUAAUCAAUUUACCACGGGCUAAUAUAAGUGGAAAAAGAUAAAUAUUGUUGGCAUGUAUGUUGUUAGCACGGGUAGAGCUUAUUAUUUAUGCACGCUAAUGGUUAAUCGAACGUUAAACGAAAUUUCUCGAAAAGGCAAAUACACUUAUAGGAGAAAAUUUAAUAGUAAAACAAACAGAAUUAAUUAGCGAAUUCAAUUUCAGUUUUAUUGAAAAAUUCAGCAGCUUUUCUAGACAUUCUUUCAAGUAGGAGUGAUCAAAUGUCUUUAAUCGUUAGUGAUUAAUCAACCCGAUGGGCUCAAAGUGUACUUCCUUUCACGUAAUCAAUCUAAGAGAAAAGAGAAGUAAAUUAUAUAGUUUAAUUGCGCACAAUGAGGGCACUUUAGUUUAUUAUUCCAGGUAGUGAUGAUUUUAUCUCCUUAUUUUGUUGCCCACUUAUUUUAUUCGCUCCAAUUUAUCUUAAGUCCAAUGAAAAAUAAAUCAAGUGGUCGUUGAAACCUAUGGAUUCACCAUGGAAUUGUGUCAACAGUACUUUAAAUGACCAGGAAAGUUUUAAUUAAACUCAGGUUUACGUGUUCUGUCAUUGUGCGUAGAAUUUUAAAUGGUCGAAACAAAUGAUUAAUCAUUUUAAUAGCGACGUAGGUGACUAGUGAUGUAGAAGGGAGCGUUGUAAUGUCCAACGGAAGGUCGGAGAGUUAAGCUCGUGCAAUUUCACCCUCAGGGGAUGGGAUGUGAAAUUUUAAGGCAAAAUAUUUAUUCAUUUAUUUCAAUAAAAAUUAUAGAGACGUACGGGAAUGUAUAGAAAUAAAUUGGUGUAAUAAUUUGUUCAAAUGAAUUGCAAAAUAGUUUGUGUAAAUUUCGGGAAUGGCGACUUCUUUUAUGUAAUGCAAGGAGUAUGUUUUUUCCAAGAGAAAUAAAUUAAUUUUGAGAUGAA